CGCUUCUGCAAGUCUUCGAUACCGUUGUAACAAAUCCUAAGAAAUGCUCUCGCCACCAACUUUAGUAUGGAAGAGCAAUUGCUUUCUACAGCACAACGCACGCUUAAUAAAGAUUUCGACGACAGUUGCAGCACAGUCGCGAACGAAUGCAAUCGCGGGACUCCUGGAGCAGGCCUUUUUUCGUUAGCUGCGAGAAGGAGGAGACGACGAUGAGUUGUUGCUGGUUGUUGUUUUCCUCCCUCCCAUGCAAUCUCGAUGGCAGUGAGGGAAUAUUUAUUUGUCUGACAAAUUUCUGCUUUCGUCAGGGCACAUCGCCAACGCCCCAUACUGAACGAGAGAAAACGGUCUUGUGCAUGAUGUGUCCGAGUUUAGGUCGCCAGCUACCGCGAUCUUGAGCUGGGUCAAGCUGUAUGGUGGCGACGGUUGUAGUUUUUUCGGGGCGAGGGACUGAGUUGAGGGAGGCGGACAUAUCCGAAGUGAGCAGAGACAGCGGGUUUCCUCGGGUUUCGUUUCGAUUCAUGUGUCGGUCGUGGGUGGGAAUUUGAAACUGGAUGGGAAUUUGAAACUGGGUGGCAGGUUACCGUUGCUUGGUGUUUCUUCCUCACACUUCUUUAGUAUUUUCCCUGCUUUUGGUGUGUAUGGUCAUAGAGACGAGGGGUGCUGGGUGAUCAGGGUGUAGUGAUGAUAUCGAGGAGAAGAAGACGGCGGCACACUGUCAAGCACUAAACAUGAUGGAUUGUUGAGGGUCUGACACUUCGAAGUAGUGAAUGCAAUGGAAAGGAUUAAGGACUUGUGUCCAUACAGUUCGAUUGGAUAAGCAAAAGUGUGACGAACUGAUUGGGACGGGAGCGACGCCGAUUAGGUGGUUAGAUUAAGAGAGGCCCGUAUCGCGAAGUGCGCUUGAAUAGAGAGCGAACUCAGAAAUUCUUUAAGAUGGAAGAAGUGAACUUGGACCUUCUCAACAUCGAGCAGGAGGAUGACAACUUGCUUGGAGCUAGCCCUUUUGUGCCCAGUUCUAAUGAGUGUCUUCUAUCGCCGCCAAUGAUAUCUGCUGCAUGUAGGAAAGUAUCAACAGACGAUUUGGAGAACCAUUACGGGAAAGAAUUUGUAGGUGGUGCUUCAGCUGCCAGGGAGGCAGAUGUGGGCGUCAAAACGGUGCCACUACCUUUCAAAUUACCCUCUACUCCAACUUCUGUGCUAUCUGAUUUAAAUAUCAAUGAGAUGAACAAGCGCAGGGUUAAGACGGAGGAGCUACGGUCUCGAAAGGGCUGUGGUGCGAAAGAGUCUAUGCAUCUCAAUGGAAUUGCUGAGAGUUGCCCCGUGGAACAUCCUAAGCCCUUCACGAGUCAACUCAAAAGGAGCUACUGCGAUAUUGAGAACGAGCAAUCAGCUGCGACUCCGGAAAAGGGAUCCGAGGAGGCAAUUCGCUCUCGAAAAAAUAGGAAUAGACGCUCUGUUACGCUGCGGAAAUCUUUAGCUUGGGACCAGGCAUUCUUUACAGAUGAAGGUGUGCUGGACAAUGAUGAACUAUUUGCCGUUGCAUCCGACACCCGAGAAGCACUGACGAUACCCGAGUUGGCUACUAUUGGCAAUGAGGAACAAAAUUUAAUCGCACCAUUUGAAUUAAGCACCACGCCAGUCAAUGAUCGAAGUCAACUAGAAGUGAGAUCUCAAGUCCUACCGGAAAAUUUGAGCAUAAAUUUUAGACUUGUGGUGUGUUCAAUACCCGAGCAAGACAUCGUGGAUACCCCCUCUGUUCGAUCAGUGCGACAAGUUCCUUCUACAGGAUCACAGAUGUUUUCGAAUGCCUAUUCAAAUGCGGCAGCAAUUCCUCAAGGGUGCACUUCAAUACCGUUGCCUAAUCGCCUGUUAAGGACAUUGAAUCAACCCGGAGGUUCUGGUAGCCAUCCGACUGAGCACGCCCCUAGGAUCAAUUCAGAUGGGAUGAAUAAGCCACGCAAUGCAACAGCAAGUCCACAAAGAAGAUUGAUAUCAUCUAAUCAAUCAAGAAUAGCUGCUUCACAUCAAACAAGGAUAGGCGCCUUGGAAAAGCAACCCCAGAACAUGGAUAUUCAACCGCCAGAUGAGAUACAUAAGAUGCAUGUAACCCCAGCGAAGCUACCUAUGUUAACAAGGAGCAUGUCUACACCCAGAUUACAGGAAUCUCCUUCUUCACUCUCACGCAAGGUGUCGUCUAUGUCCAGAAAGGUUAAAGAGACGCUGGGGAAAGUGAUGACAGGCCGUGCGAGAAGAGUACCUAAAGAACCAUCCUUGUCGCAUGCUACUGUAUUGAAGAAAGAUACACUGGAUUCAAAUAGGUCUGUGGCAGAGCUUAAUGUGCCCGAUAGAAUGAGGUCCAACAUGCCAUUGAUAUCGGUUAAGGUUAACGACGAGGUCUGUACUGUCGGUGAAGUUUUUCGACUUAGAGGACCCUCCCCAUCCUCUAAAAUAGAUCAAAGGCAAGCUCCUAGUCUAAUGAGGAGCAAGAGUACACACUCUGGAGUUCCAGGAUUACCAAGAGCUGCCGAUGCAGAAGUUGCAAGAGAUACUGCACCCUCUCAAUCUGUCGCAUCCUCACAGUCUCUUCGAAAACCAAGUGGUUUGCGAAAGCCGUCACCCAAGCUAGGCUUUUUUGACACGGGAAGAGUUUCGUCUGGUCCGUAAGAAGCAUCUUACACUUCUCAGCCGGUCCAAGGUACUCCGCAUGCGAGGUCAGGAAGCUUUCGGUAAGUGCGAAAAUCCCGUGUUGCUGAAUUAUAUGGUCGUUGUUUCAUGAAUCAAUGGUAUAUCAUUUAAUGUUGCAGACCUUUGAAAACCCUGCAUGAUCCUCUGGCUUUGUUUGGUCCAUUGAAUUCUCUCAUAUGUUCAGGAUCCGAAGCAUGUGCAAACAUUGUGUCAGGUUGACUGGACCAAGAUAAAGUUCAAAACCUCCGGGCUUUCAACCUCAUGAUCAUCGCAGUUGAUUUCCAAUCAAAUACUUGCUUCAGUGCAGAAGUCAACAACUAGUUGACGCAUCACACAUUUAUGACUCUAUUUCACCACAUUUGGGACGGAUAGUCUCAUCCAGCCUUCCUCUCAGCGAUGUACGCUACUUUGUCCAUCCUAGACCUAACUUCCCAUACUGGCAGAUUUUGGGACCUGCAAUGUAUAUCAUUUUUAAGUAAAGUGAGGCCCUCAUACUUUAGUUCUAUUAAAAA